UCUGUAUAAGAGCCUCGGACACUUUUUUUUUCUUCGUUGUUUCGGUGAUCGCCAUUAUCUUCGAUGAGGUCCUCUCCAUUUCUUCCACCAGAUCCAUCCCCUUCCCAGUUAGACCCCUUACGUUCCAUGUUGCAUAUUUUGUUGUUGCGUGUCCUCGCCAAGUCAUAGCCAUGAAAGACAAUCCGGUUUUCUUCCUUGCGUUUGUUUUAAUCAUUUUCAU